UUCUUCAUGCUUGCUACUCUCCAUCGCCUGUGAGCUCCACCAAGCUCUCAUCUCUUGCUUCCUCAGCCUCUUUCUCAGUCUGCUUGACACCGUCUCCUCCCAACUGUGCUCUCCCCAUCCCCGCUUCCUUGACUCUCUCUCUCUCUCUCUCUCUCUCUCUCGCUCUCCCCCCCGCUCCCUCUCUCCAGGCUGUGCCUCAUUGGUGUGUCCUGAUUCCCUUUUUCCAUUAGGCUCCGGGCCCAUUGGUCGCCCGCCUCCCAACCAUUAUCUCCGCUCGUCCAGCCCUCUGUCAUCCUGUCUCCCUCCGCUCUGCCUUCUCCCAUUCCCAGUCAUCUCCGAAGUCGUAAAAUAAAAUGAGUUUGCGUGCAAUGCGGGAGCAGAAGUUUGCACGGAGCGCAUUAAAUGAAUCGGGGGAGAAGUAAAGGGAAGGCUGUCAGAAAGAAAGAAAGACAAGGAAGCACAUUUUGGAGAAAAGUUGAACCAGAAGACUGCAGCUGAAAAUGAGUCUGGAGGAGAUGUGGUGAGCGUUUCCUCUCCAAGUGAACGGCAGUAGGUUACAGUGGAAGCAGAGGUCGGGAAGAAGUGUCACAACGCCAAACCAUUGCAGAUGGAGGUGGAUGCAGACGAUAAGCGCCACCGCACACGCUCCAAAGUGCCUGUGGAUCCGGCAUUAACACAGCUUUUCAGUGUGUAUGGAUGCCCCGUGGCCAAGAAGAGAAAGAGUCUAGACAGGCAAACCUUGGAGACCUCCCCCAAAAGAAGCACCUACCUAGACGACAUGGACAACUCCACAAUGGAGGAGUGCUACGAGACGGAUGGAACAGAGGAGAUGGACGACAGGGAGGAGGAAGAGGAUGGUGCGCUAGAGGAAGAAGAGGAGGAGGAGGAGGAGGAGGGGGAGGUGGAGGAGGUUGAAGGCUAUAUGGACUACAAUGAAGAGCAAAUGGAGCAUGAGGAAGGCGAGGUGGGGAGAGGGGAGGCUGAGGAAGAGGUAGAUGUGGAGGAAGAGGAAGAGAGAGUGGAGGAGGAGGAGGAAGAGGAGGAGACAGUGGCGGUGGAGGAGUAUGAAGAGGGGGAGGAGGAUGAGGAGGAGGAAGGGGAGCAAGGGCAAGAUGAGGAGCCGAUGAGCGGCGGGGAGGUCAACAGUGGAGGAGGAGGUGAGGGUGGCGGUGGCGGGAACGCCAAGUCGGGUCCCGCAAUGGAGAAGGAUGACAACAACAACGACGAGUACGAGAACUACGAUGAGCUUGUGGCCAAAUCGCUGCUCAACCUGGGCAAGAUUGCGGAAGACGCCGCCAACCGGGCCAUGACGGAGUCUGAGAUGAACAGCAACUCCUCUCACAGUGCUGAAGAGGAAGAGGAAGAGGAGGAGGAGGAGGAAGAGGAGGAAGAUGAAGAAGAGGAAGAGGAGGAGGAAGAAGAGGAGGAGGAAGAGGAGGAGGAGGAGGAGGAGGAAGAGGAGGAGGAAGAAGAAGAAGAAGAGGAAGAGAACGAGGAAACACCAACAGGCAAUCAGAACGAUCUGAGUUUGGACGUUCAUAGCGACGUGGUUCGAGAGACCGUGGACUCGCUCAAACUUCUGGCACAGGGACACGGUGCCGUGUUGUCGGACAAUUUAGAAGGACAGGACUAUGAGGGAGGCAUUGCUGGAAACGGAGACUGUUCCCACAACGGUGUCGGUGUGCACGGCGGGGGGAACGGACUAAAUAAGAGUACUGGGAACGGACCGUUUGAAAACAGCGACGAGGAAGUGUGUCUAAGCAGUCUGGAGUGCCUACGGAAUCAAUGCUUCGAUCUUGCUCGGAAACUGAGCGAAACAAAACCCGCCGACCGCAACGGCUCGUUCCAGCAGAAUCAUUACCUAUGCGGGGACAUGAACCAGCAGCCCCAGCAUCACGGCUACGGGGACUUCCAGCACAGCCAGGACGACAGACGAACGCUGGACAGAAACUAUUCCGACAUGGACAAUCUGAUGAAGCUUGAGGAGCAACUGAGCCCGCGAUCCAAGGCCUUCGCCAGUUGCGCGCAGGGGGAACGUUUUCACCACCGGGACUUUGACGAAGACACGGCCUCCGUCACGUCAGACAGGUCCGAGGAAGUGUUUGACAUGACAAAAGGUAACCUGUCGUUGUUGGAAAAGGCCAUUGCGCUGGAGUCCCAACGUGCCAAGGCGCUGCGGGAUAAAAUGGAGGUGGAAGCAGCGAGGAGAGACGGCGUGAGGUACGGCCACGAUGACCACGGCUCACGGCAUGCCUAUGCCAUUGAGCGGAAAGGGCGACUCCCUGAUGGAAUGAAGAAGCUUUUCUACCAUAAAGAUGCUUCGCGCGCAGACAAGAAAGAGAGUCGGUGCCCAACACCGGGCUGCGACGGCACGGGUCACGUGACUGGCUUGUACCCUCACCAUCGAAGCCUGUCGGGCUGUCCGCACAAAGACAGAGUGCCACCAGAAAUUGUGGCUAUGUAUGAGAACGUUCUUAAGUGUCCUACGCCUGGCUGCACUGGACGCGGCCAUGUCAAUAGCAACAGAAACUCCCAUCGGAGUCUGUCUGGAUGCCCCAUCGCUGCAGCUGAGAAGCUGGCCAAGGCCCAGGAGAAACACCAGAGCUGUGACGGCUCCAAGCCCAACCAGGCUUCUGACAGAGUCUUAAGGCCUAUGUGCUUAGUCAAACAACUGGACUAUCCUCAGUAUGGUGACAAGAACAAUGUUUCCACCAGUACACCCCGAUCCAACCUGGCCAAGGAGCUGGAGAAGUACUCCAAGACCAGCUUUGACUACAGCGCCUUUGAGGGCACCAACAACCACCAAAUGUACGGCAAACGGGCCAUUGCACCCAAGGUUCACGGGCACAGGGAUACCUCGCCCAAAGGAUUUGACGCUAAGCGCUACUGCAAGAACUCCAGCUCAGCCAGCAGCACCACCAGCACUUACGCUCCAAGCAGCAGCAGCAGCAGUCUGAGCUGUGGAGGAGGGGGCGUCGGAGGAGGCGGCGGCGGCAGCAGCGCCAGCAGCACCUGCAGCAAGAGCAGCUUCGACUACAGCCACGACAUGGAGGCCGCGCACAUGGCCGCCACGGCCAUCCUCAACCUGUCCACGCGCUGCCGAGAGAUGCCUCACGGAAUGGGAGGAAAGCCGCAGGAUCUGUGCUCGCAGAGUCCCAGCCUGGAUGUUGACGAGAACGGCACAUUGGACCUGAGUAUGAGCAAGCGUCUAUGCGGCGGUGGCGGCGACUCUGUGCUCACCCCGCUCGAGCCCAUGUCCCCCCAGAGGCAAGCUGCCCUUCUGGGCUCCCGCUGCUACGGCAUGGGCGACGCUGCCGACUGUUGGGACCUGCCUGUAGACUACACCAAGAUCAAACACAUAGAUGAGGACGAGAAAGAGCAGGAUGACCUGGACCCCUUUCAAGAUCUACUGGAGGACCGCUCCUACAGCGCAGACGUAAACAUGCCCAGUCCCAAGCCCAAGUAUGCCCAGUGCAAGGAGAGUAAGAAGGACCUGCUAACAUGUCCCGCACCGGGGUGUGACGGAAGUGGUCACUUGACGAGCAAUUUCGCCUCACAUCGAAGUCUCUCAGGUUGUCCACUGGCUGAUAAAAGUAUUCGGAGUAUGCUGGCCAACAACGCGCAAGAGCUCAAGUGCCCGACACCAGGGUGCGAUGGUUCGGGACAUAUCACUGGCAACUACGCCUCUCACAGAAGCCUCUCAGGGUGUCCACGGGCCAGGAAAAGUGGAAUAAAGAUCAUCCACAGCAAAGAAAACAAAGAAGACCAAGAGCCAAUCAGGUGUCCUGUUCCUGGAUGUGACGGUCAGGGUCAUGUGACGGGAAAGUAUGCAUCCCACAGAAGCGCGUCAGGAUGUCCCAUAGCUGCCAAGAGACAAAAAGAUGGCUACCUAAAUGGCAUCCAGUUCACGUGGAAGUCUGGCAAGACGGAGGGAAUGUCCUGUCCCACGCCGGGCUGCGACGGCUCGGGACACGUCAGCGGCAGUUUCCUCACACACCGAAGUUUGUCAGGCUGUCCGCGCGCCACCUCGGCGAUGAGGAAAGCCCGGCUCUCUGGAGUGGACAUGCUCACAAUUAAGCAGCAGCGCAGCAACAAUGGCUUGGAUCACGAAGAGGAGCUCAAACAACUGGAUGAAGAGAUCAAAGACAUUAGUGACUCAAAUUCACAAGUGGAAGCAGACAUGAUCAAACUCAGAACUCAGAUCACCACUAUGGAGUCCAACUUGAAGUCCAUGGAAGAGGAAAACAAGGUGAUUGAACAGCAAAAUGACUCUCUGCUGCAUGAGCUGGCCAACCUCAGCCAGUCACUGGUUAACAGUUUAGCUAAUGCCCAGCUCCCCCAUAUGAAACCGCUGGCACACAAAGAACCUCUUCUUCGGACUAAUAGCUGCUUACAGCUCCACCAGCAAGAGCCCAUUGAACAAAACUUUGACGCCUAUGUCACUUCCUUAACGGACAUGUACGCAACCCAAGACCAGUACCACAGUCCGGAAAACAAAGUCUUGUUGGACAACAUCAAGCAGGCGGUCCAAGGGAUCCAAGUGUAAUCGUAUACAAAAGGCAACCUCAUGUUCACCCCCUGCAAGAUGUGGGCCAGCUCUCUCAAUCCUCAAGAGCGCUGAAGGCUCCAUCUAUUUGGUGCAGAGCAUUUACAUAUAAUGUACAGUGUUAAAUAUUCGGAAUACUUCAGAAAGAAAAAAGACACAGAGAUGUAUCAUGCUUAGCAAGGGACAUAAGACAAUUUUUUUUUUUUGGGGGGGGGGUGUCUUGCUUCGAGGAAGAACACACAAGCAUAAACAGCAAAAUAGUUUUUGAGGACAUUUUGUACGUUUUCAUAUGAGCUGACGGUGUCAUGUCAUGUUUCUAGCUGCUCACAUAUGCACAUUUUAGUGUAUACCAUUGAACAGUAAGCUGAUACUAACGGAACCACGAGUUCUUUUUAUUGCUUGACCACGGAGCAUUUUAGACGACAAAAUAAAAGCUGAGCUGGACACUGAUCGAAAAGGACAACAAAACACAUGAAGAUGAAAACAUUUGUUUUGCCUCAACGGGUGGUUUUAGAAUUUUCUUUUUUUUUUGUAUGUCUUGCUUGUGGAGUGUUGAAGGGCAAGAGCUGGCUUGCAAAUUACUUUAUUUUUGACAAUGCUUGACAAAUGUUGUGUUUUCUUUUUCUAAAAAAAAAAGAAUAUGUGUAGCUGAAUUGGGGGGGUUCGUAAUUGGUGCUGUACAUGAACCUGGAUGGGGAAAACUGACCGGACGUAUGUAUGAGCAGUUAUAUUGUAAACAUCAUUACACGGAAACCCGAUGGUGGAAAUCCCGUUAUUUAGGAGACCAAAUUAAUUCCUAGGGGAACAGAAUUGUGCAGUGCAUGUGCGAUCACGUGCAUCUCAUUAUAUAAUCUCAAUUCCAACUAUAGAGACAGAGCUAGAGCUAUCAUUCAUAUCCUCCUAUCAAUCCAAAUUUUGUUGCUAGAAUCAAAUAAUACUUCAGCAAUACAAAACCUAAAUCAUUUGUGCAUCGUAGUGAUGAGAUACAAUCUACAAAGGGACAAAAUAUAGGCUAUAUGCAAUUUCUUGUUUAUAAACCAAGUGGCUCAACACUAAUCUUUUUCAUAUAUCUAUGUAAAAUAGUGAUUUUUUUAUAUAAAUCUUUUAAUACAAAAAGUUUUUUAAAAUAACAAAGGAGGAAUGGGAUCGUUGCGUUCUCCAAGUGAAACGUUUGUUCCACUGUUUUCUGUAACAUUUUGCACAGGGACACCUUCGUUUCCAUGUUCUGAUGUUCCUACAGAACUAAAAGCAGUACCCGAGAGACGAAAAGGAGGCUUUUGUAAAGAGUAUUUAUAGACAGCAGGACUUACAGGGUCACUGUCCCCACGUAUGUGCCAGUAGACUAUUUGCACUUGUCCUUGAAGAUAUUAUCCUUAGAUAUGGCGACGUGCAAUUUUCCAGGUGACCUCUUUGGCACACGAUUGGAGCAACUAACAGCUUGGAGCCACUGUGUGGAAUAAGUACCACGGAGAAAAAAAAAGGAAGAACAGGGAAGAGGAUGACUAUAACCAUAGCAGCUGUACUGUAGGCUAUUGUAAAAACAUGUUCAUUUUUGCUAUGUUUUAGGAAGAUGACCACGUUAUCCCCCAGCAGCACUUUAUAUCUAAUCACUGUACAAAGGAAUUAAGUAAUCAAUCAAUUUUAAGGUUUAAAAAAAAAAAAAAAAAAAAGAAGAAAAAAAAGCAGACGAUAACAAAGGCCCGGUGGAACGAGACCUUUCCAUUCUGUCGUUCAAGCUCGAAGCCGUCAUCAGAAUUUGCCUUGUCCGGAGCGAAUGGAGCUGAUUGUCAUCAAAUGAACUUUGCCCUUCCACUUCCAAGACUCUCUCCUGCACAUCAUCCAUGACUGCAUUGGCAUUGUGUCUGCAGCUUUUUUGACAAUAUAGUGAUGCUUCAGUAGAGUAAUUGUUAGUUCAACUUUUUGGGAUGAAUUGUCAUUAUGGGUCCAAAUGGAACAAGGGAUUAUUAAAGCACAAACGGCUCAUCAAUAACAAAUCUGAAGAGUUAUCUGUGACUAUCUAAGGAAGACACAAAGGUUGCAACAUGUUUAGAAUGAUGACUUUUCAUUAAAAAGAAUAAUAAUUGAAGAAAAAAAAAAAAGAUUGUGAGAUCAUCAGAUUUUGUUACUUUAUUUGCACCAUUAAAUUUUGAGAUGGGUUUCAGUGACCAUGAACAAAGACUGGAUUUUGUAUAAACUAUUGUGCUCUCUGUGGAACUGAAGUUUGAUUUAUUUUUGUACGACACAGCAUGGAUUUGUUGACAUUUUAAUUUUGCUAUAAAUGUGUGAGAUCACAAGUUGCUGUGAUAUUUCAUUUAUAAAUUGUGAACUUUGUACAAUUUUUGUCAUGCUGGAUGUGGACACAUCUUACUCGAAUAAAGAAAAUGUGUUGCCAGAGGCCUGUAAA